GGCAACAUGGCGUCUCCCGACGUGCACGUCCGAAUAUGUGAACAAGAAAUAUUAAAAUAUGACCUGGAGGUCAAGGCUCUCAUCCAGGAUAUCAACGAGUGCAGAGGUCCUCAAAGCAAGUUAACAGAACUAAACACACACGUGAAAAAAAGUUUCCACAAUCUACGACUGCGCAUACAAAAUUUAGAGCAGAUGGCGAUGGAGCAGGACAAAGAGUCCGACAAGCAAGCCUUGAUUAUCCAGGUUGAGGGACACAGGAAACAAAUGCUCAGCAACCAGACCGCCUGGAGGAAGUCGAACCUGGCCAGCAAGUUGUCAAUCGACAAUAUGGAGAAGCAGGCGCUCCUUAAUGGAGCUGAUAGUGGCGCGAGACAGAGAAAGACCACCAAAGAAGGCCUGGCCCAAACGUCUAGUGACAUUACAAAGAAUUUGAUGAGCAUCAGUCGAAUGAUGGCCCAACAGGUGAAUCAAAGCGAGGAGACCAUGACAACAUUAGCAACGUCAUCCCGGACCAUUCAAGAGACCAAUGAUGAAUUCAAGACAAUGACUGGGACCAUUCAGCUCGGGAGGAAGCUCAUCACCAAGUAUAACCGCAGGGAGCUCACUGAUAAACUGCUCAUCUUCCUCGCGCUGGCACUCUUCCUCGCCACAGUCUUCUACAUCUUAAAGAAAAGACUUUUCCCCUUCUUUUGAAGAGUACAAGUCAUAACCACAUUGCAGCACCUUCCCAGGCGAGCACAGACAAAUUCAAAUGCAUGUUGGGUUGCUCCUGCUCACUGUCAUCACACAAAAAAAAGGUUCUAUUUUAUUUUUAAGAUGGACUUGAAGCGUAACGUGUCUUAAACUGGCAUUCGUGCCACCUGCUUUCUUGUGAUGCCAAAAUCAACCACUGUGAUAAGUAUGAAAUCUGUCAAUAUACUUGAAGCUAUACUUCCUAAGAUUAAAAAAAAUAUUUUAUUGAAAAAAGCGAGUUUAGCUCUUAUAUGUUUUAACCGUUUAAAGUAACCGCAUUAGCACCUUAAAAUGCACCUGUUAAUCUGCACAUAGCUGCGUAUAGCCGCAAUCAUACGUGAAUAGCGGAGACAGAACAGCACACAUCCCUGUCUUUCUUCAGAUAAGACCCGGAAAAGCAAACUCUCGCCUGCCUGUUUUUCCCUCUCCAGUGUGGGCAGAGGGUGAUGGUGGGGGAUAUUUUUGGUGUGUGUGGAUUUGUUAUCUGACGUUGCCUUUUCAGCACCUCGUAGGAGAGCGUGUCCAGAGAAGCUGCAUGACCUCGCUUUAAGCAUCUCACAUUGCCAUCUUUUGAAAAUUGCGCUUAUUUCAUUAAAAUUACUCAUUAGCAUGGUCUGGAGUUCUUAAUUCAUUGGUUUCAUUGACAGCAAAUUAGCAAUUGAUUGGGAGAGGCUGGUAGCGAAUGAUCGCUGCCAUCCCUCCCAGUCAAAAUGGAUUGGGCAUAUAUCAGCAUCAAUGGUAACUACUGUAUUUUGUCUGUAGUUCAUAAAAAAACGACAGUUUCUUACAUAAUAUUACUAACAUUGCAGUUUUGUGUUUACAUAAAUCUGUAAUUUGCCUAAAACUUUUUAUUUUCUAAAACUGAUAAGUCUUUGUCCUACAUGUAAGCAUUAGUCAAGGUCAUGUAUUGUACAGCCAUCUCUCCACCGGCUGCAGCCAUUCAACAAGUUAAGUGAGUGUACAUGUAACUGACAGCAGGUUGUAAAAUACGUAAACUACUAACAACCUUUUAACCUUAUUUAAGCACAUUGAAUGAAGUCUCAUAAUAGCCACUUGAACGUUUUAACGAGACACAAGCCAUAUGUAUGAGGCUGAGGGCGGACACCCCCUUCUUAUGGGUAAACUUGCUCUUGCUCUUUUGAAUACAAAUGACAUUUUAAGUUUUUUUUUGUGCCCACAGCAGAAAACCAUUUUUGUUGAAAAAGGUCUAAGAGCUGCUUUAGGUGCAGAAUCUGUUUUUCUCUAUCACUUCAAGUUUUUAACGAUGUAGUAUUGCCAAUUUCUUAAAAAUGCAUAUGGAAAAAAACUUAACAUUUGUACUCGUUUUAUUUAAAAAAAAAAAAAAAAAAUUGACAUGCAAUGAAAAAUUAAAAAGAAAUGUUCAUUUAGCCAUAUAUCUCAAGGUAUGGCAACUUCAUGAUUGUGCAAGUAGUAACCUGUGGAGAAAGAAACUGACUGCCUGACUGUGUAGCUGACUGCAAUGUUGUCAUAACUUUUAAUAAGCUAAUACGUUUUUCUUAACCCCCCAAAUUGUUCAGUGUAAUUAACUAGAACAGUGAGAAAACUGACCUAUGGUCUUUUGCU